CGGGUGUUAUCCCGCAAGGGCGCAUGAGUGCAAUGGCCGCUCAAACCAGAGCUCUCGUAGCGGCCCGGUGGCUCGCAGACGCUGUCAAAUGUAACCGAGUGGGACCAAAUCUACGGAUAUUAGACGCAUCAUGGUAUUUACCAAAAAUGAAACGCAAUCCCAGGGCUGAGUUUGAACAAGCGCACAUUCCGGGAGCCUCGUUUUUCGACAUCGACGAAUGCUGCGACAAAAGCUCGGAGUUUGAUCACAUGUUGCCUACCAAGGGCGAGUUUGCAGACUAUGUGGGUAACCUGGGCAUAGGGAACAACACUCAUGUCGUCGUUUACGAUGCCAGCGACUUCGGUUCGUUCUCCGCACCGCGGGUUUGGUGGAUGUUUAGGUUGUUUGGGCACAAUUCGGUGUCGGUUCUGGACGGUGGCUUCAAGAACUGGUUAAAAGAGGGUCAUCACGUUUCCGAGCAGUACAGCAAACCUGUGCCUGCAGAGUUUAACGCGUCCUUUAAAGAGUCUUGGGUCAAAACUUAUGAAGACGUGUUGAACAACAUAAAAACUAAGGAAUUUCAAGUAGUGGACGCCAGAGCCAAUGGAAGAUUUCGUGGGGUUGAACCAGAGCCAAGGGCAAACACAGAGCCUGGUCACAUCCCUGCAUCACUCAACAUGCCUUUUCCAAGCUUCAUGGACACUGAGUCAGGUCUAGAGCGUCCUGUGGAGGAACUCACCAAGCUCUUCCAGCAGGCUGGAGUUGACCUGCAGAAGCCCUUCUGGGUGACAUGUGGCUCAGGUGUAACAGCCUGCCACAUUGCUCUCGCUGCACACCUGUGCGGACACCCGGGGGUCAGUCUGUAUGACGGGGCCUGGUCCGAGUGGUUCACCAAAGCUGCACCUGAACACAUCAUCUCUGAGGGAAAAGGAAAACAGCCAUGAUUAAUGGUGUCUUAGACCCAUGCGACACCUUUUCAUCAAUAAACAACUGAUGACUAAUAGAA